CGCCUCAUUCAGCGUUCGGUCAGUCUGUUAUGAACAAGGACGACACCUGGCUCUCAACACCUUCAUUUGAAGGCCACGCCUUCUUCUCUCUCUUCUGCUCGGGAAGGAUGGAAGUUCCAGUGGGGUUCCGCUCAUCUAUCUGGGGAUUAAUUCGCUUCUUGCCCUUCUUCUUCUUGCUUUUGGUUCUCGGAUUGGUGAAAGCCGCUCUUUUUGGAAACAUCGUGGCUGGUAUCAUCUUUGCUGGAAACUCUGCCGUUGUUCUAGGCCUUUGGCCUGCACAUGCUUUCUGGACCACCUACGCUGUGGUGAGAACCAAGAGGCUCGGUCUGCUGUUGAAGAUUUUGGUGUUGCUUCUCCUACCUGUGCCUUUGGUUCUGUGGUUGAUUCUCUCUAUAGUUGGAAGUCUUCUUGUUGGGAUUAGCUAUGGGCUUUUUGCUCCAUUGGCUGCAACUUUGCAGGCUGUCGGUGCAAAAGAAGACCGGCUUUAUCAUUGUUUGGUGGAUGGUAGUUGGAGUGCGAUUAAGAGAAGCUGCACAUUUGUUCGGGAUUUCACAGAUUUGUGCUUUCACUCCUAUUUUUCUCUUAUGGAUGACAUGAUAAAAGAUAUAGGAGACGAUGAUUGGCGUCUUGAUGUUAAGUUGUCAAUGGUACCAGGUAUAUUUCUGGUAAGCAUGCUUGCUGUGGCCAUAGAUGUGCCAAUGAUAACACUUGUAGCACUGGUGAAGAGCCCCUUCAUGCUGCUGAGAGGUUGGCAGCGGCUAUUACAAGACCUGAUCGGCAGAGAAGGACCUUUUCUAGAAUCUGUGUGUGUACCAUUUGCUGCUCUUGCCAUCGUACUGUGGCCCAUUGCGGUCUUGUUUGCAUUCGUUGGAGCUAUCCUUGCUGGCUUUCUGAUAGGACUUUAUGGAGGAAUAGUUGUUCAUCAGGAGAAUUCUCUACGAAUGGGGCUGGCGUACGUUGUCUCAGCAGUUGCAUUGUUCGAUGAAUACACCAAUGAUUUGCUCUACUUGCAGGAUGGAUCUUGCCUACCCAGGCCCAAAUACAGGAAACAUACAGUACCUCAUUCUGGACAACUCGAGAGAGGUAUAUCUUUAGAUAAGCAUGGGCGUGAACACAGUGGUUCAUUUGGAGAAAAGCUGGCUUCAGUAAGGUCAAGAAGAUUUAAGGAUGUUGAGGUUACCGUUGUUCAGUUGUGGGAUUGGCUUUUUCAAUCUUGUGAGACGAAUGGUAGAAUGCUCAUACAGGAUGGUCUACUCACUCUGCAAGAUAUAGAGGAGUGUCUUCACAGAGGAAGGUGCAAGAAAGUAACAAUUAGGCUUCCCGGUUAUUGCAUUCUGCAGUGCCUUCUUCGAUCUGCCAAGUCUGAUACCUCUGGUUUGCUGCUCACUGAUGACAUGGAACUAACUCUAUUUAACUCUUCGAAGGAUAGAUUCUUGAAAGAUUGGUUUCUGAGGCCGCUACUUAUUAUGAGGGAGCAGAUUAAAGGGCUCCAUCUUGAUGACAAUGAGAUGCACUUCUUCAAUAAGUUGAUCAUGACCUGUGACAGCGAGAAGCUCGAGGAUUGGAGUUACGGGUGUUUUCCUUCUGAUGACAAUAUCAGGAAGGCUCAACUGCAAGCAAUAGUGAGAAGGACACAGGGGAUUGUAACUUCUUUGUCGAGAAUGCCAACCUUCAGGCGCCGUUUUCACGAUUUAAUUAGGACACUAUACCUUGAAUCCAAGGAGAAGACCGGGAUGGCCUCAUCCAAACAUGACCUUAAUGAAGGGGCCGACCCUGAGAGCAGCAGCAGGACGAAGGAAGUUGAUGCAAUUGUGUAAAUUGUUUAUCCUUCCUGUACAUGAACAACACUAUUUAUUUUGUGUAAUAUCUUGAAAACUUAGCGCA